AUGGUAGAAGCUUUAAAAGCUACCUUAAAUUCAUUAGAAGAAAAGAAAAGACAAACUCCUACUAUCGUUAAUUCCACCUCAUCCGCCAAAUCUGUUGGUCCCAUUGCUGCCAAAUUAGACUAUGAAGCCCUCGCAAAAGAAUAUAUUGAAUUCACUUAUAAGAAUCCAACCAUUUUCCACGUCGUUAAGACUGUAGGAGAAGAAUUGACUGCUGCUGGGUUCAGUUAUGUUGCUGAAAGAGAUUCUUGGGCUGAUUUAAAACCAGGGAAAUAUUUUACCACUAGAAAUGGGUCAUCCAUCACUGCUUUCAAUGUAGGUAAAGAUUGGACUCCAAUUAAAGGUUGUGGUAUUAUUGGAUCACAUAUUGAUGCUUUAACAGUAUUAGUUAAACCAAAUUCUACCAAGAAUAAAGUCGACGGAUAUGAAUUAUUAGGUGUUGCCAACUAUGCUGGUAGUUUAUCAGAUGUUUGGUGGGAUAGAGAUUUAGGUAUUGGUGGUAGAAUUAUUGUCAAGGAAGGUGAUAAAAUUGUCACUAAAUUAGUUGAUUCAACACCUCAUCCAAUUGCCCAUAUUCCAACUUUAGCACCUCAUUUUGGUACUCCAUCUAAAGGUCCUUUUAACCCCGAAACUCAAGCCGUACCAGUUGUUGGAUUCAGUAGUGAAGAACCAGCUCCAGCCACUGACGAUGAAAAAUUGAGUCCUUUAUAUGGAAAACAUUCAAUUACCUUAUUAAGAUACGUUUCUAAAUUAUCAGGUGUUGCUGUUAAAGAUAUCAAUCAAAUUGAUUUACAAUUAUAUGAUAUCCAAAAGGGUGCCUUUGGUGGUUUAAAUAACGAAUUUAUUUUUGCUCCAAGAAUUGACGAUAGAAUUUGUUCAUUCGCUGCUUAUAAAGCUUUAAUUGAUGCUGAAGUUGAUGAUGAAUCAUUUUCUAUUGUUGGGUUGUUCGAUCAUGAAGAAGUUGGUUCAGCCACUAGAACUGGUAUCAAAGGUGGAUUAAUUGAAUCUGUUAUCACCAGAGUCGCAGCUUCAAAGUAUUUUGGUGCUUCAUCACCUGAAGAUUUAAAACAAAUUUAUUCCAAUACUAUUAUCUUAUCAGCUGAUGUUAAUCAUUUACUUAAUCCAAACUUCUCCCAAGUCUACUUGGAACAUCAUAAACCAGUUCCAAAUAAAGGUUUAACUUUAGCUAUGGAUUCUAACGGUCAUUUUGCAACUGAUCAAAUUGGUGUUGCCCUCUUAGAAGAAUUAUCAAGAAUCAAUAAUGAUAAUUUACAAUAUUUCCAAAUCAGAAAUGAUUCUAGAUCUGGUGGUACUAUUGGACCUUCAAUUUCUUUACAAACAGGUGCUAGAACUAUUGAUCUUGGUAUUCCUCAAUUAUCAAUGCAUUCAAUUAGAGCUACCACUGGUUCAAAAGAUGUUGGUUUAGGUAUUAAAUUCUUCAAAGGUUUCUUCAAGAAUUGGAGAGCCACCUAUGAUAAAUAUGAUGAUUUAUAA